AUGGGGGUGGGAAUGAGGGAAGGGUGGAGCGGGGUGAGCGUGGCGGUGGGCGGGAGGGUUUUCGUGAUCGCGGAGUUCGGGGAUUCCCCGGUGAAGGUGUACGAGGAGGAGUGCGACACGUGGCGGUGCGUGGGAGGAGGGAGGUUCCCGAGGGAGGUACUUAAGAGGCCGUUUUGUGCCACGGGGUUGGAGGAUACAAUCUACGUGGCGUCUUCCUGUUUGAACGUGGCCAUUGGGACCGUCGACGUCACGCCUUCCGAGGUCAAGCUCACGUGGCAGGUGGUGGAGGCCCCGCCUGCUUUCCGUCAAUUAUCACCCUCUACUUGCCACCUUCUCUAUGCUUGAAACUUCAAACUUCAAGUGUGCCCAGCUUCGACAUGUUUCUUCUCUCUAAUCUUGUUUUGUUGUAUUAGGCUAAGUGAACAUGUCCUUUUUAUUUUACUUCUCCAUCCCAUCUUCCCUCCUAAACCAAAUAUUUUAUUCACUUCUUUCGCUUUA